GGUUACGGUCCAGGCAACAUGUCUAACUCUCACCGCAAUGACUAUCGAUCGAUAUUUUCUGAUCGUGCAUGCCGUGCGAUCACGCAACACUAGGACAACUCGCCGAGCUUUACUCAUCAACGUUGGCAUAUGGUUCUUUUCUUUCGUGUUAUACUCUCCAGUGCUGGCGUUCAACAAGACGACCGUUGAUGAACAUGGCGACGUGUUCUGCUCUCGCAAAUUCCCCUGGGAGCACGGCGACCUCGCAUUCUACUUGUUCGUUGUCCUAGCCACCUAUGGCGUUCCUCUGUCGGUCAUCAUGUUCUGUUAUGUCCAGAUCCUCUAUCAGGUGUGGCACAAGACGUCCGCUGGGACAGAAUCAGCGCAGGCCAAUGCGAGGGCGCUUCGACGCAAGAAGAAGAUAACACGGAUGGUGUUCAUAGUCGUCACACUCUUCGCCUUGUGUUGGGCCCCUCUGCACGCAGUCAACAUCGCCAUUAACGUCGACCCUUUAUUCCGGCACGGGUUGAGCAACGAGUUCUACACGUUUUGUCUCUGUCUAGCUUACGCUAAUUCAUGUGUUAAUCCAUUUGUGUAUGCCUUUACUACAACAAGCUUUAAGAAGUACUUCAAAAAGUUCUUUUCGUCUGGAUGGAGUGGUAAGACGCGCGAAAACGUGUCUGUAAGUAUCAGUAUGAAGACAAAAAGUGAACGACUGACGACGUCACAAAUAAAAGAAGAUUCCUCAACCUAGUACACUUUAAAGAGAGAAAAAAAAUAAGUUGAAUAACACUGCCAUUUGUCGAAGUUGUCAGAGGACCACACACCCGUGCCGUGUAACACAAAGAUUAGCGAUUGAUCAUAGUGUUGACUUUACAAUUGUUCAUACACGAUAAUCAAUGCAAUCAGUGGUAGAAAGCAAUUUCAUGAUCAAUCACUAAGUUUCAUGUUACGGGGGCCCCUGAGUCUGGAUGAUACGCCUUUUAUUUUUUAAUAACACCUACAGUGCGUAUACCACGAAAAGUGUUAAAUUAACAUCCACAAAGUUCACAUUGGUGUUUAUACAGUAUGUACUUGGUGUGAUCCUCUCUGAUGGUGUUGAUUCAACGACAUUUUGCAGUGUAAAUGGUAAAUAUGAACCGUUAAAACACUCCCCUAAUCGAUCCUCUUUAAAAUAAGAAUUUAUCCCACACUUGAGAUUGAUCACCGUGGAAGACCCAUUGCCUUAUUAGGGUAAUUAAUAUCUAAGGGCCUGAAAGGUAGAUUGAUUAGACCCAUAAAUCUCGGAAUUGCCACACUAGACACGGCAUAGGUAUCAUCUCCAUCAGUUAGACACGCCAAUAAAAUGUGAGGGGCAAAGGGGGGCGUCUAGCCCAGAGUGCACGGGGGUUCCAACACUAUUUCGCCGAUCAAAUUGCCUUCAAUUCGAAAUGCACUUCCGAAAGAUUAAAUUAAAAAUUUGCUCCGAAUUGCAAAGUAUUGCGUUUUAUAUAAUGUUUCUUCUCCCUGCGCUUAUGCAUGUCAUGCCUGAAAAAAAGCAUGUCCUGGUUGCAAUGGAAUAUUCGUUUUGUAUUAACAUUGACGAUUGUUCAGGAUCCACAGAUGCGAAACUAUACCUUUUUUCUGUUUUAUUAUUGUUUUUAUGUAGUGCUAUUAUGUUUUGCUAUUCGGUUUGCAAAGUGGUUUAUGGCUAGUUUAUGAUAUCGAUUUUCAUAAAAUUCUCAUUGUGAGUGUUAAUGAUAUUGUUUAAUCAGAAUGUUAGUGAUGGUGGUGCGAUGAUGAUGAUAAUGAAAAUGAGGAUGAUUAUGAUUUGAUGAUGAUGAUGAUGAUGAUGACGGUGA